AGAGCCUGGAUUUGGCCCCAGACCUGAGUCAUUCUAGCUUUUGGAUAAUCCAUCCAAGAGCUUUUCUUCACAUACAAUUAAUAUUUGCUUUUGUUUUUGCACAAACAGUAUCACACUUCAGCUUGAUUCUCCCCCUUGUUUUUACUCAAUAGAUUUUGGAGGUAAUUUCAUACCUUUAGGUAACAUUUGUGUAUGGAUAGAUACAUAGAUUUUUUCCCCCCACGCUACAGGGUAUUUUUUUGAGCGAUGCUCUGUAAUUAUUUGGCCAGUUCCCUACGGAAGGGUAUUUAGGUUGUUUCCAGACUUUUGCUACUCCAGUGACUACCUGCAAACCAGUAUCUUCGCCCUCCACAAGUCUAUCUAUAGAAGCAGUUCCUACUGGGUCAGGGAAAAAAAGUACAUUUACAAUCCUGCACUUUGCCAAAUUCCCCUUGAAGGAGGCUGUCCCAUGUGAGAAGCAGAGGCUGUUUUACAUUCAGAGAGCAUUUUUAGCCUCUGACCGGAGGCUGGAGAGAUGGGGGUAUAUCUUGCCUCACCUGCCGCCCCUCUGGGCUUCACCUACUCUCCUCAGCUCUUGGUUCAGUCCAAACUGAUCCCUUUUCUGCUCCUCAAAUGCCAGGUGAGUUCCCACCUCAGAGCCUUUCCACUGGCAGUUCCUUUCAUGUAGAAUGCUCUCCCCCCAAACCUCUCCAUGGCUCCCUCCUUCUCACCUUUCACCUCUCUCAGGGAGCCCUUCCCAGCUAAAGAAACCCCAUGGCACUUUCCAUUGCCUCACCCAGUUUUAUUUUCUUUACAGGAAAUAAAUCAUACUUGGCACCACAUGAAAUUAUGUUAUUUACUUGUUGGUUUUCUAUCUCCCCCACCCCGCGAAGGAUGGGAGUUUUCCGUCUUUUUUCACACCCAGCACCCAGCACCCAGCCCCCAGCACCCAGCGAUCGCUGAGUGCAUACAGCUGUCUCCCUCUCCCAAGCCCCACCGCCCUGGCUCGGUUUUUCUCCGUGAAAUGUAUUCCCUUCCAACAGGUAUAAUUUACUUAUUCAUUACGUGUAUCGCCUGACUCCCUCACUAGAAUGUCAGCUCCAGAAGGGCAAGGAUCUCGUUUUGUUCCCUGUAGCAUCGCAAACGCUUAGAAUGGUGCACGGCACAUAGCAGGUGCCUUUCAACAAAUAUUGGUUGAAUGAAGGAAGGAACGAGGAUCCUAACCUCCAUCCUCCGAGGCUGGCUGGUAGGCCCUCCAGAGGAAAAGGACGGUUAAAGAGCAGGCGCCCCCAGCAGCUGUGGCCACUUCCUUCUGCUCAGAAUGGGCCUGAGGUCUCCAGGGGUGGAGCACCGAGCGGAAGGGCCUGGUCCUGCGGAUGAGGGCGGGGCUCGUCGCAGGUGGGCGGUGGCUAGCUGUGGUCACGCCCCCACGAAGGCCCCGUCCACCAGGAGGCCCCGCCCUGCCCGUCAGCUGGCCUGUGUGCCAGCCCCCCUCUGCUCCGACCUUGCUGCUGCGCAGCAGCCGGGGGCGGGAGGCACGGAGGAGCAGCGGGAGGGGUGGAGCGAGCGGGGCGCCGGGCGCUGUCCCCAAUGAACCGCGCGGAGCCCGCGCCCCUGAGGACCCCAGCCCGCUGCGCCCCCUCCCCACGGCUCACCUGGUGCCAGGUAAGGUGACAGGUGGGCAGGUGACAGGUGACAAGAGGAGGACGGCAGGAAGGCCACAGUGACUCCCCAGUUUGCCUCACCUAGAGCGGUGAGUUAUCUGAAACAACUUCCCCAGGUGCCAGUGUGGGAUGUGCGGGCUCAGCAAGGGUGGGAGUCAGGAUGGAAUAACGUGGACUCAGCUGAGUCCUGGCCCUGCAUCCAGAGACCCCACAAUGACACUGUCCCACAGAACCAGCCCCAGUCAGCUGGGUGAUGACUGCUUUGGGGUGAAAAGUUCACCCCCAAAGUUGGGGGAGAGCUGAGCUGCGUGGGCCCCCCAGGCCCUUCAGGACCCUUUCUUGGGAGCCCUGAAUAGCCUGGGCCCAGAGAGUGAAGUGUGGGGUUUCAGCUCUGCCUUUGCCUAUUCUCUUCAGGUCAUUUGACUUCCCCAAGCCUCUGUUUCCCUAUCUGUAAAAUGGGAAUGAUAACCGAGAGAACGUCCCAGAGUAGUGCUGAGGAUUAACUGGGACGGGAGGUGACAGGCACUUAGCACAUUGUCAGGCACUUAGUAACACCCCAUAAACUAUAACUGCUGUGGUUAUGAUAAUAAUUGCUAUUUGUUAUCUCCUGGCCGUUCCAGACUUUCCUUUUGUGCACCUGACAGCUGGAGAUGCCCCAACCACCAUUUCUUCUACUGGGAAGAAAAGCCUUUGACAGGACCUGCAGUGGGGAUGUGGUCACUUGCUAAUCUGUGCCAUUCCUUAGCUCUUGGGGUCAAGGCGAGUUGACCCUGUCUUCCUGGGCACAGCAGGCCCUGGGCAGUGCCUGCUCUGACCUCUGGCCACCACCUUGUCCUUGUCCCUUGGGGCACACACGUCACCCAUGUGCCCACGAUUUGCCCUCCUGCUCCACCUGGCCAAGCUCAGUUGCGUCCUCCAGGUCAGGUAGAUGGUGUGCUGGGACAUGGCUCCAACCAGCCCACUGGCCCCCAUCCUCCCCUCCUCCCAGUCUUGGCUGGUGGUCUCGUCCCCUUCACUCUUCUGCUCAGUAACUUUAAAAAUAACAGAGUAGUCUGUCCCCACUGAGGGCUGUAACCUGACCCAAGUUGGAUUCUGCUCCAUCAGAGCCUGGAGUAGAAGGACUCAGCACUUAGAAGCUGGGGACCCCGGUGCUCUUGCUGUUCUGUCCCCAGCUCACGGGGUGACCUUAGACAAGCCUCCCUCCCUCCCUCUCUGGGCCUUAGUUUCCCCAUCUGUAAAACGUGGUUCAAAUAGUCUGUGAUGCUGGAGUGCAAAAUUUUCUUUUAUUCCAGUGAAGAAGAUAAACAGCUGGGGCUCCCAUGUGGGUGGUUGUCAAAUGACAUUACCCGAAGCGGAGGGUGUCGGGAAGGGACUGACCCGGUGACUGGGAGUCGGGAUGGGGAGAGCUGGCCAAGCCCCUGGGCUGCUCUCUGGCAGAUCUGCCUCCUGUCCCACUUCUGAAUCUCAGCUCCUUCCCGGCAGCUAAGGGACUCCUUGUACCACCAAGAGGUCUGGCCUCACCCCACAGACAAUGGCCUUGCCCCCAUGAGCUAGAGCCUGCCCCUCGGUGCCUGCCCACCACCCGCCAGCAGGAUGCAGCUGUGGAAGGCAGUGGUGGUGACCCUGGCCUUCAUGAGCUUGGAUGUCGGCAUGACCACGGCCAUCUAUGUCCUCAGCCACCUGGACCGCAGCCUCCUGGAGGACAUCCGGCACUUCAACAUCUUUGACUCGGUGCUGGACCUCUGGGCGGCCUGCCUGUACCGCAGCUGCCUGCUGCUGGGGGCCACCAUCGGCGUGGCCAAGAACAGCGCCCUGGGGCCCCGGCGGCUGCGGGCCUCAUGGACGGUCAUCGCCCUUGUGUGCCUCUUCGCGGGCAUCUACACCAUGGUGAAGCUGCUGCUCUUCUCCGAGGUACGCAAGCCAGUCCGGGACCCGUGGUUCUGGGCCCUCUUUGUGUGGACCUACAUCUCACUUGCUGCGUCCUUCCUGCUCUGGUGGCUGCUGUCCACAGUGCAGCCGGACGCCAAGGCCCUCGAGCGGGGGGCAGGGGCCGAGGCCGAGGGCCCCCCUGGGGAGGACCGGCCCGCGCCUGAGCAGGCCUCCGGGGCCACGCUGCAGAAGCUGCUGUCCUACACCAAGCCCGACAUCGCCUUCCUCGUGGCCGCCUCCUUCUUCCUCAUCAUGGCAGCACUGGGAGAGACCUUCCUCCCCUACUACACGGGCCGGGCCAUUGAUGGCAUCGUCAUUCAGAAGAGCAUGGAGCAGUUCAGCACGGCCGUCACCGUCAUGUGUGUGCUGGCCAUCGGCAGCUCAUUUGCCGCAGGUGUUCGGGGCGGCAUUUUUACCCUCAUAUUUGCCAGACUGAACAUUCGCCUUCGGAACCGUCUCUUCCGCUCGCUGGUAUCUCAGGAGACGAGCUUCUUUGACGAGAAUCGCACAGGGGACCUCAUCUCCCGCCUCACCUCGGACACCACCAUGGUCAGCGACCUGGUCUCCCAGAAUAUCAACAUCUUCCUGCGGAACGCGGUCAAGGUCACGGGCGUGGUGGUCUUCAUGUUCAGCCUCUCCUGGCAGCUCUCCUUGGUCACCUUCAUGGGCUUCCCCAUCAUCAUGAUGGUGUCUGACAUCUACGGCAAGUACUACAAGAGGCUCUCCAAAGAGGUCCAGAAUGCCCUGGCCAGAGCCAGCAGCACGGCUGAGGAGAUCAUCAGCGCCAUGAAGACAGUCCGGAGCUUCGCCAACGAGGAGGCAGAGGCGGAGGUGUACUCAUGGAAGCUGCAGCAGGUCUACAAGCUGAACAGGAAGGAGGCUGCGGCCUACACGUACUACGUCUGGGGCAGCGGGCUCACUCUGCUGGUGGUCCAGGUCAGUAUCCUCUACUACGGGGGCCACCUCGUCAUCUCAGGGCAGAUGACCAGCGGCAAUCUCAUCUCCUUCAUUAUCUACGAGUUUGUCCUGGGAGAUUGUAUGGAGUCCGUGGGCUCCGUCUACAGCGGCCUGAUGCAAGGAGUGGGCGCCGCGGAGAAGGUGUUCGAGUUCAUUGACCGGCAGCCAACCAUGGUGCAUGAUGGGAACUUGGCCCCUGACCACCUGGAGGGCCGGGUGGACUUCGAAAACGUGACCUUCACCUACCGCACUCGGCCCCACACCCAAGUCUUGCAGAAUGUCUCCUUCAGCCUGUCCCCAGGAAAGGUGACAGCGCUCGUGGGGCCGUCGGGCAGUGGCAAGAGCUCCUGCGUCAACAUCCUGGAGAACUUCUACCCCCUGGAAGGGGGUCGCGUGCUGCUGGAUGGGAAGCCUAUCAGCGCCUAUGACCACAAGUACUUGCACCGAGUGAUCUCCCUGGUGAGCCAGGAGCCAGUGCUGUUCGCGCGCUCCAUCACAGACAACAUCUCCUACGGCCUGCCCGCCGUGCCCUUCGAGGUGGUGGUGGAGGCCGCACAGAAGGCAAAUGCCCAUGGCUUCAUCAUGGAACUCCAGGAUGGCUACAAUACAGAGACGGGGGAGAAGGGUGCCCAGCUGUCGGGCGGCCAGAAGCAGCGGGUGGCCAUGGCCCGGGCUCUGGUGCGGAACCCACCCGUGCUCAUCCUGGACGAAGCCACCAGCGCCCUGGAUGCAGAGAGCGAGUUCCUGAUCCAGCAGGCCAUCCACGGCAACCUGCAGAAGCACACGGUGCUCAUCAUCGCGCACCGGCUGAGCACGGUGGAGCGGGCGCACCUCAUCGUGGUGCUGGACAAGGGCCGCGUGGUGCAGCAGGGCACACACCAGCAGCUGCUGGCCCAGGGCGGCCUCUACGCCAGGCUGGUGCAACGGCAGAUGCUGGGGCUCGAGCCCGCCUCGGACUGCACAGCCGGCCUCAGGGAGCCGCCGGGCAACGGCGGUCACAAGGCCUGACCGUGGGCCCUGCCUCUCCUGGUGGGGCAGAGGCUCCAGUGCCCACCUGGCAGAUGUGCCCACGGGGGCCCCCCGGCCGCCCCCGCUGCCCUCCGAGCCCAGGUCCACGGCACCGGAGGGCCAGCUGCCCUGUCCCACGUGUCCCCGCUUCCUGCGUCUCGCCCCCGGUUCCCACCCUGUUCCCCGGGCCACCACCAGCCCCCUGCUGCCAUGAGCAACCCCCUCCAGUCUGGGCAGUGGAGACACCACUGGUCUCUCCAGCUGGUCUCCCAAGGUUUCUAAGUGAAGGUAGAGCUACCUUUUUAAACCAAGAUCUUAACCAGGUUUUUUACUGCUUGGUUCUGAUGGGCCCCAAUCUCCUAGAUUUCAAAAACAUUUUUCUAAUUGGGAGCAAUGAUGGGCAAGUUCUAGAGACUUCUGAGCCGGGAGUGAGUGACCCUUCCUAGGAGCCUGGGGGAUGUCAGGGAGAACUAGGCCUCUACCCUCUGCCCCUGGAGAGAAGGGGCUUCCCUGUCCCGGGGUGCGGGGGAGGGAACACGGGGAGGGGACUUCCUGUCUCUCCCUCUUCCCAGCUCUGUGAGUCAGGCCAAGGGUGGGUGGGGAGUGGAAGGCACCUGCCUGCCCUCACCCCUUCCGCCCUCCCAAAUCUAAGCCAGUCUCACUGUGAGCCACUACGGACCUUAAGUGGGAGAGUGAGGGGCUGGCCAGGCCUGGCGGAGCCUCGGGGUGUCCCUGGCCCAGCGCCCAGUGCUAGCCCCUCCCCCUGCCCCUCCCCUGGCUGGCGGCCCCUUCCCACAUCCACCCUGCCGCUCUGCUCUUCUGAGGCCCUUUGGAUGUUUGGGAGUCGCGUUCUCUUCCCUGUCCAGUGGACGGGACACUGGCAAAGCCCAGGUCUGGCUUUGUAGCGGGGUUGCAAAAUGUUGGGAGAACCCGGUCAAUAAAGUAUACUACCUCUGA